GUAAAAUACUCUAAAACACGUUUAAAGGUUGGAGUGGUCAACGUUAACUCAAACCAUCAGUGGUUUGUUAUUAUGCCCAUCAAAAGGGGCCACAUUGCACCACAUAAUACGUACAUUGUUACGCUUAUUAGAAAUUUCGAUUCCCAGUUCGAGAACUUCAUCGUUGCAAACGCAUCGCUGCCAUCUAGACCAAUCAUAUACUGUAGCGAUGGGCUUUGUGACCUUCUUCGGUAUACAAAGGGCCAGCUUAUGCUCAAGUCCUCUGCCCUGUCUGUAUUUUAUGGACCUGAGACCACUCCUGGAUCCAUGGAGGCAUUAUUGGCAGCUUUAAAUCAAACUAACGAAACUGAAAUAUUUAUGAAUCUCUAUUCCAGAGACAACUGUCUUAUAUCAUUUCGUAUAGUAGUAACUCCCGUUCGAGAUGAAACAGGUGGAUUACCUUUGUACCUACUUUUUUUCAGAGAAGAGGUCAUUGACGCUCAAACACCAACUAACAAAAGACAUAGUUUAUAUACACGAUGGCAAUUAAAAUCACUCCGCGUAAGCAAAAGCCCUAACCAUGUACCAAAAUCUUGCAGUAGAACAAGUAUACCAAAGUCUCUUAAACCCUCUGUUCUGGCUUUUAGAAGACACCUCAAAUACAAAAAGGAUGAAGCAUCAAGCCUGAAGCUGAAUCCGUUAGUUGGAGAUGAUACUACGACAGAGCCAGUAGCGUGUACUCAAAGUGAUAAAAGCCAAUUUGUUGAUGAUUGUGCAUCUGAAUCCAUCUCUGGUCAAUCCAAAGGAUGUCGUCCAGUUUCUUUAUUCCUCCCUAAAGAACAAAAUGAUACAUCUACUGUUUUGACGCAGUCAAAGAUGGAUUUAUCAGAAAGUCGACAAGGUACUCCCCAACAACUUGAGAAACCUAAACACAGACCGGCUACAUGGUAUAGAAGCUAUGCUGAGGAUGAAAAUUCAGAAAUAGUACACGGUUCUACAAGAAGAAGCCGUCAUAUGCAUCCGGCUAGUGAAGAGUCUGAAGCCCUUCAGUUGGUAUUGAGCAGUCAUGCAGAGCCUCCAAAAUCAUCUGUCACUGAAAAAUUUGCUCAAUUCUUAUCAAUGGAUGAAGAUUUACACGUGGAACAUCGUUUCCAGUCUCCACGUAUGCAUAAAUUUACUUUAAAACACUAUAGUGUCUUCAAGGCUGUCUGGGAUUGGAUUAUUUUGGUGCUCAUAAUUUACACUGCUAUCUUCACUCCGUAUGUGACGGUGUUUCUUAUGAAUACAGGGAAUAAGUAUGCAAAGCUGAUUUCCUCAGGGAAUUCAUCGUCGACAACCACUGUAGUAGACACAAGUCGUAUACAAAACAAAUCUCUCACAAGUAACAACUCUACAUUCAAUCUGCCUCAUAGCCAAUCAUCGUUAUCUCAGGGUGGUGGAGCAUCAGCCCUGUUGUCAACUGUUGACAUCCUAGUUGAUGUGAUGUUCAUCAUUGACAUUUUGAUUAACUUCCGUACAACGUAUGUGAAUAAGAAUGAUGAGGUUGUCUCGCAUCCAAAACGCAUCGCUGCUCAUUAUAUCAAAGGCUGGUUUAUUAUCGAUCUGGUGGCAGCCAUUCCAUUCGAUUUAUUAUUUUUUCGCACAUCUGGAGAUCAGCCUACCGCUCUCACAGGCCUGCUGAAGUCUGCUCGUCUUUUACGCUUAGUUGGCAUUGUUCGAAAGCUCGAUAGGUAUUCAGAGUAUGGUGCUUCAAUUUUGAUAUUGUUAACAGCAUUGUUUGCUUUAAUAGCCCACUGGUUGGCUUGUAUUUGGUAUGCCAUUGGUCAUGCAGAGCAUUUGUACAGGGAACCGAAAAUCGGUUGGUUAGAUACACUUGCUGUACACACUGAACAGUACUACACUGACCAACCGAAUUCUGGUCCAGAUUUGAAAACAAAAUAUAUCACAGCCUUAUACUUCACCUUUUCUAGUCUUACAUCAAUCGGCUUUGGAAAUGUCAGUCCAAAUACCAAUGCUGAAAAAGUUUUUUCCAUUAUCGUGAUGCUAGUGGGAUCUUUGAUGUAUGCAAGUAUAUUUGGUAAUGUUGGUGCACUUAUUCAACGUCUGUACAGUGGGACAGCAAGAUAUCAUGCACAAAUGUUACGUAUUAAAGAGUUUAUACGCUUUCAUCAAAUACCUAGUCCAUUGCGUCAACGACUAGAGGAAUACUCCACUCAAGUAUGGGAGCAUACAAAUGGUAUAGAUAUGACAAUGGUCCAGUAUAGCUUUCCAGAAUCAUUACAGUCAGAUAUUUGCCUUUAUGUUUAUCGUCAUUUUUUAAGUGGGUCAGCUGCAUUUAAAUCACUAAAUGAUGGUUGUCUUCGGAAUAUCUCCUUACGUAUUCGUUCUUCGCAUAUGCCGCCAAGUGAUACACUUGUGCAUACUGGUGAUCUACUCACAGCUAUUUAUUAUGUUGUCAAGGGCAGUUUAGAGGUUGUGACUACAGAUGAUGUUAUACUUGGUGUAUUAAAUCCUGGUGAUUUUUUCGGUGGUCUGCCUCCUCUGGCCACUGUGCAGAAGAAUCCUAAUGCAGCAAAUCAUGUCGGCAGUGGAUGGGACUAUUGUUGUUCUUGUUCUUCUAAUCGUUUUGCUAAUAUAAAUACCAGUUCAAAAGUAAUGCAAGCUGAAGAUUACGCAUCUAUGCCUGAUAAUAAUGAUAAUAAUACCUCUAAUAACAAUAAUAACGCUAAUGGUACAAAUGGUGUGGUUUAUCAACCCAAUCCACCUCCAAAAUCACGUUUCGCCGUUCGUGCACUAACUUAUGCUGAUGUACAAUUUAUUGACAGGCAUGAUUUAGCUGAAUUAUGCUCUAUCUACCCAGAACUAUCGUUACGCUUAUUGGAACGCUUUGAAUUAACCUUGCCGUUGACUAUUUCAUUCGCUGCUUCGAAACCCAUGAACCGUUCUUCAACUGUGCCUAAUGUAGAAGCCUUUCUAGAUGCUACAUCCUCAUGGCAUAUUGUCUGCCCGCUUCUUUUGACCGGCUCAAUGUCUUCGCGUACAGGUGAAUACUCGAGAUUGAGCGUUUUGAAUGGAAUAUCUCAGGGUAGAUAUAGUGAUAACCCAUUCACUGGUAAACCACCUUGGGAGUUGGAGCGUUUUCAACGUCUAUUUGAUCAUGGUGCAUUAUCGUUUAGUCCGACUGCCUAUCCUAAUGCUCAGGUCCCUGUAUACUUUACUGAUCCAUUAAAUACUUCCUGUCGUACAUCAGCUCCAUUUUAUCAUCAACCAGGAAUGACACGUAAAUCGGAGUCGGUCACUAUCUGUUCAACUCAUUCAUCCGAGCAAAAUCCUUCAUCGCCUGUUACCCCUAUUAUCAAUAAUCAGUCACUGCAAGAACGUCGACUACGUAUGCGUUUAACACGUUAUCCUUCUCCUAAGCCCUCACAUUCAUCCAUUUUAAAUCUCCCAGCACAAUCGGCUGAUGCAACCAGUCAUAUGGCUCAUCCACCUGUGAUAUCCCAACCCAUCGCACAUACUGCUACCACUGUUUCUGGAAAGAGGAACAGAGACGAAGAGAAAGAAAUCAUUGAUAUACUAGUCACUCGCUUUGCAAAUGUAGAAAGACAAAUCGAAAAUCUUGAUAUGCGUAUAUCUCAGUCUGUCAGCACUAUUUUGCAGCAACUAGAAUCGAAAUUGGCGAAGCAACGAGCAUUUCCUAGUUAACCGUACAUAUAUAUAUAUAUAUAUAUAUAUAUAUAUAUAUAUAUAUAUAUAUAAUAUACUGUAUAAUUUCUUUCUACGUUGCUCAAAUUCUUUCACCUUGGAAUAUGCGCCCUGCCGUGUCUUUAUUGUGUAUGAUAUUGAUAUUUUUGUUUAUGUUUUUGGGUGGAAUAUCAAAGGUCGGAGGGGGGAGGGAUGGAGUGGCGAUUGGCAAUUGUAACCCUCUUAAAAUGCAAAUAAGAGGAGACAGAUUGAAUAAAAGUGUUGUUGUUAAUUAUGGAAUUAGUAAACAAACUGAUGUCACAACGUGACAAUCACCAAGUGUAAACAGAGAGAUUAGUUUGUUUUUCUUUUCGAUGUGAAUAGUUUAUUUAUUUGUUUACGUGUUGAUUUGUGUAGUUCUUCUUCCAACUGAAUUAUUUUCCUUUUCUUACCUUGCAAACCUAUAGAUCCAACACUUUCUAUUAAUACUACUAUUAUUAUUAGUAGUAUUAUCUACAUUUUCAGUUCUGUAUGUACACAAGGAGUACACAUCGAAAGACAAAGUGUGUGAAAUGACCCUAAGAGUUGAUAUGAUCACGAUUGCAUGGAAAAUGAUUAAUAAGGAAAGAUUUUUUAGUGUGUAUACAACGCCCUCUUCCAUAAGUGUAGAGUACUCCAUACUACACUAUUUAUUAUACAUACAUGAAAUCAGUUUUUGCAUGCCUAUAACAUCUUUUCAUUUACGAUAGUUUUCAAACGCAUCUUGCAUUAUAUUUAGCAGUCGGAAGAAGAUGUCAACAUAAAAUGAUGAUGUAAACAUCUAUUCUGUACAUUUGUUGUAUGUAGUUUCCUGUUUUUUAACAAAAGGAGUGCGUUAGUUAACUUAUUUUUUCAUCAGCAGUUAAUUACCUUAUUUUAAAUGAUAAGUGUUCGCUUACGCAAACACUGAUGACAACCUGCAUUACUCCUUUGUUAUUAUUAUUAUUAUGAUUACUAUUGUUAUGGACUGAACAUUGGACAUAUUUUCUGUGUGAUGUUUUGAUAAUACAAUGUAAGUAAUUACACCAAUUAGUGCAAUAGAACGAUAUUUUUACUACUUCUACAAGAUGUAUUGCCCAUAAUGUAUGCAUCUUUUGUUCAUGUUGCGAAGAGAUUCUUCAGAUUUAUAUUGUUUUUGAUUCUUUCUCAGUUUAUUUACUUCGAAAAUCAUACACACGGUACAUAUUGUCUUAAUUUUUAACUAUACUUCAUCAAUUUCCGGUCUUCAGUUUGUAUUGUAUUUUAAAAAAGCAUUUAUCAAUUAAGUUUUCCACCGAUUCCUGCAUUUAUAUCUACCCGUAGAACUAUACUUUAAUUUCUUUCUCCACUAUUUCAAAUUUCGUCUUUCUUCUACCUUGCUAUAUCAGUAAGUCUGGUGAGAUGUUAGUUUCAAGAAGAUUGAUUUGGUGAAGUUAUCUCUUUUAUUAUCUUCUUUUAGACAGACAUAAAGUGGGGCAGUUCAGUUUCAAUCACCAAACGGAAUGCUCAUUGUGAAAGGCAUUUAUGGACCAAUUACCUUCUUUUGUAUUCCUUUUGUUUUAUUCCACUGAAUAGAGUUUUCCGUGGUAUUACAAGUAUAUAUAACCGUUUAGUACAAAUUCACUACACUAAAUAAAAUAUUUGUUCAAUAGCUGUAGUUCUUGUAAUCGCUCGCUGUAUUGAUCUACAAUGCAGCAGCAAUGUAUCGAAUGCAUGUAUAUACACCAGAAUUUUCUGC